AACAAGCUUCGUGUUGACUUGGAAGACUUCCAUGGUAAAACAGCGUUUGCAGAAUACAGUUCAUUUUCUGUGGCGAGUGAGAGAGCGAAAUACCUUUUAAGUCUGGGUCGAUAUUCAGGCACGGCUGGUGAUUCUCUCAGUUAUCAUAACGGCUCAGCAUUUACCACAAAAGACCAGAAUAAUGACGCCAACUUAAGGGCUAACUGUGCCUCUUCUUUUAAAGGCGCCUGGUGGUACAAUUAUUGCCAUUAUUCAAACCUCAAUGGCUUGUACCUCAAAGGUAAAUCCGACAGUAAGGGAGUUUGUUGGUAUCACUGGAAAAGAUAUGAUUCUCUUAAGAGGUCUGAGAUGAAGAUUCGCCCAAAGGACUUCUAAGGUUCAGUAUUGGUUACUUUGUGUCGAACAAAAGAUGAGAAGAAAGAAACUAGAAAGAGAGAAACUACGAGGA